UGUCUUUUCUCACACAAGUUGUGCCUACUCUUUCUCUCUCUCAUCAUAAACCCCUCAUUCUCUUUGCUUUCUCUCUACAAUCUCAACCAAACACACAAAUGAGAGGAGUGAUUGGAAAGUAUCCAUCAAGUGAUGGAAAUGGAGAAGUUGGUAAUGGAAAUGGGGGUGUUAUAAAAUACAACAGAAAAUGUAGAGAUAUUGUGUUUCUUGUUUUUUUCAUAGCUUUUUGGAUCUCCAUGAUUGUUAACUCAAGCUUUGGGUUUAACCAAGGAAACCCAUUAAGGCUAAAUUUUGGAUUGGAUUAUAAAGGAAAUGUAUGUGGGGGAAAGCACAAAGAUUUUGACCUUCAUGAACUUGAACUAAAAUAUUAUGUUAAUCCUAACCAAGUUUACCAAAGUGGAUUAAAGAACAGUGGAGUAAAACUGGCUAACACCAGAUCAAUAUGCUUGUUGGAUUGUCCAAUACCAUCAGAAGAUUCUUUGAACUGGGUUUGUGAUUAUCCAGAGGGAGAUAUUCGUCUUUCUUUAGACGAUUGGAUCGAUAUGAAUUAUGAUUAUUUUGCUGACCUUACUCCUGAACUACGAAACACAUCUCUUCAACUUCAAGGCCCUUGCUACCCUGUCAUUUUUCCAAGUGUAAAUGUUUAUUGGACUUGCCAGUUUAUCGACCGUCCAUCGAAUGUGUCUUUAACACAUUGGAAGCAAAUGAAUGGGGUUAACAUCAAUGAUGAUAUGGUGAUAGAUAAGUCUAUUCACAAUUCUAUCAACACACGAUCAUCUGUGUUGAAGAGAUAUGUGGCUGAUGUGGGAAAGUCCUGGCCGGUGUUGAUAGUUUGUGGAGGACUCCUGCCUCUGUUUCUAUCAUUGUUAUGGCUUUUGAUGAUCCGACAUUUUGUAGCUGGAAUGCCAUGGGUUACCGUCUUUCUAUUUAAUGGUCUCAUAAUAUCAGUCACAAUGUUUUACUACUUGAAAGCUGGAUGGAUUGGAAAUGAUGCUAUCUCGCCCAUCAUUGGUGAACAUGAUCCGUACUAUCAUGUUUCUGCGAGGGAGCAACAUCAUAUCCAUGCUGCUGCUUUUCUCAUGACUUGUGUGAUGAUUGUCUCCGUUUUAUCAUCUAUAGCUAUUGUUAGGCGGAUUCUUAUGGCAACUUCAGUUCUGAAGGUUGCAGCAAAGGUCAUUGGAGAAGUUCAUGCUCUUAUAAUAUUCCCGAUCAUACCAUACCUAAUCCUUGCGGUCUUUUACAUGUUUUGGUUAUCUGCUGCUCUUCAUCUUUUCAGUUCGGGUCAGGUAGUACGCAACGAUUGCAGCUCAAACUGUUGUGCAUAUGAUCUCAAAGCCAAACGGGUUACUUGUGAUGACUGUUGUGGCUAUAGCGUCCAUUACACUCCUCAUAUCGCAGCUGGAAUCCUAUUCCACUUAUUUGGAUGCUACUGGGCCACUCAGUUUAUCAUCGCAUGUUCUUCGACCGUGAUUGCUGGUUCUGUAGCUUCGUAUUAUUGGACGCGUGGCGAAUCUUCGAAAACGAUUCCGUUUUUGCCUGUUUUCUCAUCGAUGAAGCUACUCAUGCGUUAUAGCCUGGGCUCUGUGGCAAUUGGUUCUUUAAUUGUAUCUUUUGUUGAGUCAACUCGCUUCAUACUUGAAGCCAUACGCCGGAGAUUAAAAGUUGCGGAUAUCUUGCCUGAAAGCUGGAUUAAGAGAAUGAUGUUCUAUACUUCUCGGUUUUGCGUGAAGGCUAUUGAAGUGACCUUAAAAUCUGUAAACCGCAAUGCAUACAUUAUGAUUGCUAUAACAGGAAAAGGGUUCUUUAGAGCUUCUGAAAUGGCAACUGAUUUGAUAAUCAGUAAUAUUCUUCGUAUUGGGAAAGUGAAUGUGAUUGGGGAUGUUAUUCUGUUUCUUGGGAAGCUGUGUGUGAGUCUGGCUAGUGCACUUUUUGCGUUUCUUAUGUUGGAUACUCAUAAGUACAAAUCAUCCCACAACAAGAUCACAUCCCCACUAUUUCCUGUGCUGUUCUGUUGGGGCCUGGGAUAUAUAGUGGCAACCCUUUUCUUUGCAGUGGUGGAAAUGUCGAUAGAUACUAUCAUCCUCUCGUAUUGCCAGGACACAGAGGAACACCAAGGGACUGCACAUUAUGCUCCUCCACUUUUGAUCGAGACUUUUGAUGAUCAGAACGAGGUGCAAAGAAUUGCACAAUGAGGAAAUGUAGUGCCAUUUUGUUGUUAUAUUAAGGUAGUAGCAUCCUUCUCUAGUAGGUUACCUAUGUGCAGAAGAACAAGUGAUGAGAAUCAUGUUAAAAGUGUAUUAUUAUGAUAGAUAAAUAUAUGAAACAUGUGGGCGAGCCACGGUUGCAACUUGCAAGUUUUGAAUGGAAUGAUUGCAAGUUUCUUUGUAUCGAGUGACGGAUGUCAUGUGUGAAAUGUUUUAGGCUCAUGAAUGGCAAUGGUAUCGGUAAACAGUGUUACGAUGUA